GCCACUCUGUCACCGCUAUGCUGCAGCUGUAGUCCCAAAUGGCUUCCCGCUCCCAUUGGUGGCUGAAGCUAAUUGUAUUCAGGGAUUGUCAACACGCAUCUGCAAGUGUUCCUAGGACUCGGCGUUGGAGGAGGCCGAGGCUCUGCUUCGAAGUUUGCUGACACACUGACUGGGGAACAGGAGGAACCCCCACCCCAGCAAGCUGCGAUUGUCUACUGCUUCAAGCGUGGGCUUUCACGCUGUCCUUGACCUGUCUGCUCCUUUACAUACCUCUUGUUCGGUACCACGCCCUAAAAUUCGAAACCUUGUUUUCCUGGAAACGUGCCGAAGCCUGCUGCUUAUUUUCGUCUAUCUUGACCGAGACAGCGGGGUCGAGUAAACAGAAUGCAACAUCUUGCAGAUGAGAGUUUCGUAGAUGUCGAGAAAGCACCGCGCGUGCUGUUCAACCUGGACAGGGACGAACAGGAGUCCGACAUCAAGAAGCUUUUCGAGCGGCCUAGCUUCAACUACAAUGACUUUGUAGGGUUUCUGGAGGAUCGCGGUUGGACGGCCGACCGAAAAGACGACUUCAAGCUGAAGGAAGUUGUUAGGGCAAGAAAGGAGAAGCAGGAGCCAGGACGGGGGCCCGGCGGACCGGCGGCAACAGGUGUCCCGGCGCCGAGCUACAGCAGGGAGGAAAUAUGGCAGGCCUGGCUUUUCUUCGCCCUCAUUGCCUGCGUGGUCAGGAAACGGGGACAGCCAACUCGAACGAGGGCCAAUCUGGUCGUCAAAGAGAAAAUAAGGGAGACUCUGCAUGGCGUGUCGGACCAUGGAAGACAAGACGACCAAGCCGAUGGCACGGUCCCAAUUCUGACCUUCAAGGACCUGGUGGAUCCAGAUUGCGAAUUCCUAACCACAGUGAAGCUCCCAGCAGCACUACAGGAGUGGCAUGACUGCGUCAAGGCGACUACCCCAAAGGCGAAGCUUCGUGCACGGCUGAUUGAAGCGGAUCGAGCUCUUGAACUAGCGCGCAGGGUCAUCCGUGCAAACUUGGUGCCGAAACCUCCCGAUCCCGAGGAGAGCGCCUCCUUAGCUGGUCGUUCCCCACGGGAUUCACAUCGGAAACAGAAUGGCUACGGCAAUGGCUACGGCAACGGCUCUGCUCGACACUUAAAAGGGGCUAUUCCCAGGCUUAGCUCUCUGGAAAUGGAAUUGCCGGAAGCCCGUCAAGCGAUUCUAGAAGACGAGCCGGGCGAUGACCGGUUCCCAGAACUGUCAUUAUGCCUGAUGGUCCUGGGAGAGACACUGUCCGCUGCGAAGAAACAGAUAAUGAGCGACCUUGGACUGCGAAUCAAUGGCUGGCUUGUUGAUGAUGACGAAGGCUGGGGUCCCCCAUCCUACGUACUCUCCAGGAUGGAAAAGAGCUGGUGUCCAAGGGCUCGCGCAGUGUUGCAGGGCCAACUCGGCUCCAGUGCAAUCCUGCUCUAUACCGCCUUCGAAGUGCAUCAGAAGAAGCCAAUUGUCAAGAGCGAGCACGAAAGGUGUAACGCAAUGGUAUGUUACCAUGUGCCGGGCGUGGAGGAGUCCAACGGGGGGAAGAUCUUCUACAAGCCGCAGCACCACUCCGACGAGCUACCAUGUGCCUCCGGGAAGAGCAGGUGUUUGCUGGUAGGCCCAAAGAUGUCGCUACUAUAUAACAUCCUCAGCAACACGAUUUUAGCCACCGAGUCCUCCGAUUUCCCCAUAUUACGUAUCGUCAGUUCCAAGCAUGCUGGUGGUCGCCAGCGCGUGGUAGGCGUCUCGGUGGAGAAGUGGAGCAUUGAGGAGCAGAGAGGUCUAAGGCGACCUAACUUCACUGCUAUCUCGCACGUCUGGUCGCAGGGGAUGGGGAAUGAGACAUCCAACAGGCUUCAGGAAUGCCAGCUGGAAAUCAUCUACAAAGCCCUCGCCGCUGUCGAGGAGGACAGAAAUUAUUUCCCGGACCAGGACAAGGAUUUCAAGAUGAAACUCCUCAAGCAGGUGCUUGAUGAGGAUGACCUCACGGGCGAGACGGAUGACUACGUGCUCAGCCCGCCAUUCUGGAUGGACACGUUGGCGAUCCCAGUCAAGCAGCGCGACAGCCCGGCAAAUUUCAAGGAGCUGAAGAUGAGGGCUAUUCGUCAGAUCUACCACGUAUUCAGCAUGGCCGCCCGCGUCAUCGUCAUUGACAAGGAUCUCUGCAACGAAUUCCCGCGCAAACCCUUUCCGAUCAUUAUCAGCCUCUUAACCAGUGCCUGGAUGCAGCGUCUAUGGACGCUACAGGAAGCCUUCCUCAGCCGAAACUUGCUGGACAUCGAUAGCCGCAUCCGAGAGCUUGACAGGCCGCAGAAGGAUGCCCACGCCACCGCGAUGGCGGAGCUUGUCAAGAGGAAACCCGAGGUUCCAUGGUCAUCGCCAGCGCUUGGAGAUCUAGUAGAUGGCGGGCAGAACACCUCGAGACCUGAAGAUGAAACUCUCGCGUUAUCCACCCUCCUCAACCUGGACUACCGAACAACCGCGAUCGAAGAGGCCACAGUAGCAGAGCCUACCGUGAUAGAUGGACUGUCCCGCAGCGAGAGAGACGGUGAAGAGGAGCGAAGAGCCAGGCGGGAGAGGAUGGUUUGCGACUUCUGGACGCUCAUCCAUAAGAACUACGAAGGGUCUAUCCCCGCGGGUCUGAUCUUCCUUCCGGGGGAGAAACUGCCCUUACGCGGGUUUGGAUGGGCACCCAUCACCUGGAUGUCGGCCAAAGACGAGUAUUACCCUUAUCCCCUUACGAUCCCAAGCAGACCGACCGAGCUGCAUGAGGAGGGCCUACUCGUGCAGUACCCCGGCUUUCUGCUGCAGUGUGGCCACCCCAACGCCAUCCUCGGCAGCAACCUCGGCAAGUCCGGCCUCAAGUUCCCCGUGGACCAGUACAUGUCCGAGUGGUACCAAGUCCAGGCGAUUGGCAAAGUCCGAGCCGAGUAUGGCACCGCGCAAAAGCUUCUCCCUCGGACCUUCGCGCACACCCCGCCCGAGUUCGGCGUCAUCCUCUGCCGCCCGAAGCCCCGUGAGUGGCCCGAGGAGAUCGGCGUGCUGGUCGAGAUCUACCGAGAGACCUGGAAGCGGAAGGAACCCGAGCGCGUUAGUCGGAAAUAUUACUAUAGUCAGGUAAUAAGACGGGUGUGGGUGAGCCGAUACGCGCCCACACCCGAUGAGAUCAAAAACUACAAGCUCCCCAGCGGCAAGGUCGGCGACCAGCCGAUCGGCGAGCUGGUGCCGGAGGAUACCUUCUGGUAUGUGGAUGGCUAUCAGGCGAACCGCGACGACCCGGCGCCCGAAUCGCAUAUCCCUGAGCUUCCCGCAACCAAGCCGCUGGAAAACAGGGGAGUGGAAGAAUUCAGACGGCCGAACACGCGAAAAGCGUUUACCCUGAUGAGUAGGGUUACGGCCUCGCACUUCGUUCCACAGCCGGUGCAACCGGCGAGGUUGUCAGGCACUGAUCUGGCCACACAAGAACCCGACAUCACUGCCAGUAGCGCAGAUGUAGAAAAGGCACAACCGCCCAGUCAGAGCGCACCGUCCCAGCAUUCUGUACCAGGUUAUAAGCGCUGGAGAGAAUAUUUGGGUAUGUGAUUGGAGACUUAGAAGUCAGCUUUUACGCUCUACGCACCUAUCUACCUUAGCUAGAACCGUAAGUGACGCAAAUAUCAAGAUUGUCCAUAAUGCU